UUAAAAAUAAUGUCAUUCAAACUCCAAACCAUUUUCUUUUUAUUUUCAAUUUUUAUUUUAUUCCAAUCUGUCUACAAUUACACUAAAUGUAUUAGAACAGGUUAUCCAGGUUGUGAUAAUGAAUAUUAUCAUUGUUGUGGUAAGAAUACUGAAUGUGUUCGUGUAACAAAUGACCCUAUAAGUUAUGGAAAAUGUGUCAGAAAAGGGUGA